AUGUUUCUCGCACAGCUCUCCGCGCAGCCGGGGAAGGCGAGCAAUGUGUUUGCUUUGCUGUUGCUGAUGGCAACAAUGCUGCAAGCGCGUCGCAUCUCCAGUCGCCGACUUGUCAUCCACGUGCCCGUCAAGAUGAAGACCCAUCAUCACACCCACACCGUCUACAAGGUGCUCCACGGCUCUGGCAGCAGUGGCGGUGGUGUCAAGCAAACUAUUUAUAAGCUGGUAGGCUUCUCAGGCGAAGGCGGGAGCGGAAUGGGACAUGGCGGACAUAGUCAGAGUCACGGUUACGGUGGCGGGCAUGGUCACGGUCAGAGUCACAGUCAUGGAAUGGGGGGAAUGGGCGAGAUCACGUAUGAGGACCGGCAUGGCUGUGAGAGUGGCAAGGUGAUGCCAUCGUCAAUGGGACAUCGGGACAUGGUGUUCAAUCACUAUGCACGCCACGACCAGGAGGAAGCAGAGUCCAGUGACUAUGCGGAGGAGCGGGAUGAAUUCAUUGAUGUCAGGGAUGCUUGGCUGUGA